UGUAUUUAAGACGUGGUCCCCCUCAUGCUCCUCAUCAUCGCCUUCCACCUUCUCUCACUGCACCUGACCCGCUGGCCAGCACUCGUCCUCCUCCUGUCAGAAUGUCUUUGCCCAACUCAGAGAACGCCUCCAGCCUGGAGAACGCCAUGCAGCUCAUGAUCCAGACCUUCCAUAAGUACUCUGGAAACGAGGGGGACAAAUAUACGCUGAGCAGGACUGAGCUCAGAGAGAUGCUUACUGCAGAGCUCGGCAACUACCUGGGGAAUGCACAGGAUAAGGAGGCAGUGGAUAAGGUUAUGGGAGACCUGGAUUCCAACAACGACGGGGAGGUCGACUUCACCGAGUUCAUCAUUCUGGUCGGAGCCCUCACCGUAGCAUGCAACGACUUCUUCCUGGACUUCAACGACAAGCAAGAGAAGAAGAAGUGAACGCCCUCGGCACGAAGACGCCCACUCCGCUAACCUGCAAGGUCCAGGGAAGAAACAGUUUGGACAGGAGAGAGGGAACAUCCUGUCGUGGGCGUCAUGGGCGUCACAUGCCACAAAUACACAUGCACGCACGCACACACACACUAAGACACACACAACCACACGCACACACAAACAGUGGGUGUUUGUGUAUUUGUCUGCUAUUACCCAUCAAUCCAUUAAAAGCUGUAUCUUUUGCAAUGUGAAAACCUGGAGAGUUUACGUUUGUUUCAGCACCGGUCAUUGUUGAAUAUGCGAACACAUCUCUGUAUUUUGUAACACAUUCAAACUUAAGGAAUUCCCCCCUGGAAAGAAUAAACGUGACCUUUUCUCUAACGAUA